UCUACAUUCUCAUCGCAGAGCAAACACCAAAACAGAGUUCACAGAACAUAUUCAUUGAUUUUUCAAUAUAUAUACAAUGACGAACUCGGUGGCAAAUUUGGCACUACUAGGGUUUUGCAUUCUACAAGUGAUGAGCUUACUUGUCCCGCAAGCAAAUGCUAGGGCUUUCCUUGUGUUUGGAGAUUCUCUUGUCGACAAUGGUAACAAUGACUUUCUUGCUACCACUGCUCGUGCCGAUAAUUACCCUUAUGGUAUCGAUUUCCCAACUCACCGUCCUACCGGCCGUUUCUCCAAUGGUCUUAACAUUCCAGAUCUCAUCAGUGAGCAUUUGGGUCAAGAGUCUCCAAUGCCGUACCUUAGUCCAAUGCUGAAGAAAGACAAACUCUUAAGGGGCGCUAACUUCGCCUCCGCGGGUAUUGGAAUCCUUAACGACACCGGAAUCCAGUUUCUGAACAUAAUUAGGAUCACGAAGCAGCUAGAGUACUUCGAGCAGUACAAGGUUCGAGUGAGUGGGUUGGUCGGAGAAGAAGAGAUGAAUCGGCUCGUGAACGGAGCUCUUGUCCUUAUAACACUUGGAGGCAACGAUUUCGUCAACAACUACUACUUGGUCCCUUUUUCUGCAAGAUCUCGUCAAUUCUCUCUUCCUGACUACGUUGUCUUUAUCAUUUCUGAAUACCGCAAAGUCUUACGGAAAAUGUACGAUUUGGGUGCUCGACGUGUCCUGGUGACUGGAACAGGGCCAAUGGGUUGCGUCCCGGCCGAGCUGGCUCAGCGUAGCCGCAACGGCGAGUGUGCUACCGAACUACAACGAGCCGCGUCACUAUACAACCCACAACUAGUUCAAAUGAUUACCGACCUCAACAACGAAGUUGGAUCUUCGGCCUUCAUUGCCGCUAAUACUCAACAAAUGCACAUGGACUUCAUCAGCGACCCACAAGCAUAUGGUUUCGUCACGUCGAAGGUGGCUUGUUGUGGACAAGGGCCUUACAAUGGGAUAGGGCUAUGCACACCAUUAUCAAAUCUUUGCCCAAACAGAGAUCUCUUUGCCUUUUGGGAUCCUUUUCACCCAUCAGAAAAAGCAAGUAGAAUCAUUGCUCAACAAAUCCUCAAUGGCUCUCCAGAAUACAUGCAUCCCAUGAAUCUUAGCACCAUCCUCAUCGUUGAUUCCAUGACCUAAGCUUCUACUCAUCAUCUAUCCCAAAUCCACUCUAUGCUUUGUUUUUGUUUUGCCUUUCUCUUUUAUUAUGUAUUUUUACAUUGGUGCUUUAAUUAAUUUCCUUGAGUUAUGUUGUGAGUUUUGUGUUGUUCAUCAAUAAUUUGGUCACCAAUUG